UUUACUAAUUAUAUUUAUUGGGGUAAAAAAAAUUAUUUAAAAUUCAAUCUCUAAAAAUGAUAAAACUCCUAUUGAUUCUCUCCAUAAUGGUUUUGAUCAUAUUCCAAAUCAAUGGUACAACUACUCCAACAUUCAAACCUAGUAGUACGUGCUGUAAAAUGGAAAAAUAUUCAAUGCAUGGUUUUAGAAAUAUUGAAUUUGUAGGAAAUAAUAGAAAUGGCAAAUUUAAUGUAACGUUAAAAUUCUCAGCUCCCAAAUCGUCGAACUUUAAAAUAGAUAGUUUCAUCAUUAGAGUGCGAAUAUUAGAGGAUGGAAAAAAUUUUAGCCAAGUUAUUCAAGAGGGGUCUGUCCAAUACAAAAAUGGAACGGAAAACUACCAAUUUACAAUGACAAAUUUGAAUCAAAGCUUGGAAUACUUCAUAGAAAUUUUCUUUCAAUUCGAGAAUGUUAUAAUUUAUGAGUCUUCUUCUAAACACACAUUGAAAUAUCGAAAAUCUUCAAGAG